UUUUUUUUUUUAUUUUUAAUUUUUAUUUUGAGCAUGUUUUUCUUUGAUUAAGUUGAUUUACUUGUUCGAUCACACACAUCUCUGUAGUGCACGCCACUGUUCCUGUCACCAUGUACGGCAGUUCCCGUUCCGUCUCAAAGCUGGAUGUUGUUGGAUCCAAUGGGAACGGGUCAGCAUCUGGGAGUCCCGGUCGCUCCCCACGCCUGUCUCGCUCCCCACGUUUAGGACACCGGCGAAACAGCAGCAGCAGCUCCACUGGAGGACUUACAGGCACUGGUAAAACCUUAUCCAUGGAGAAUAUUCAGUCUAUUAAUGCUGCCUAUGCAACUGGUGCCAUGUACUUCACUGACACAGCUGAAGACCCGGUCGGCGUUGGGAGUCUGAGCAGUGGGUUGAAUCCCUCGCUGCCCAAAAGCACCAUGACCCUGGGGAGGGCUGGGGCCAGGGUCCCCUAUGGGGUCAGAGCGGCUGUAAUGGGGAGUAGUCCUAAUAUAAACUCUGGAGGAGGAGGAGGAGGAGGUGGAAGUGGAGCGCUUGUACCCAGUGAUGCAAUAGCGUUCUGUGGGGAAAUGCAAAACCAGUCUCCACAGGCGGCUACUGUGCCUCACUCUAUGAGACAGGUGAGAGAAGGUGCAAUGUCAGACCUUCAGACUCAGUUGAGAGAAGUGCUGAGGGAGAACGAACUGCUGCGCAGAGACCUAGAGGCCAAAGAGUCCAAGUUGAGUUCUUCUAUGAACUCCAUUAAGACGUUCUGGAGUCCAGAGCUGAAGAAAGAGAGAGCGCUGAGGAAGGAUGAGGCCACAAAGAUGGCUGUCUGGAAGGAACAGUACAGAGUCGUACAGGAGGAGACACAGCAUCUUCAAUGCACCAUCCAGGCUUUGCAAGAUGAGCUCAGAAUCCAGCGCGAUCUCAACCAGCUCUUCCAAUCCGAUUACUCCGGCCUCGGAAGCCAGCCCAUUUCCCCUCAAGAAAUGACAGAGGAGAACUUCUUGCGCCUCCAUGCCGAGUAUGAGAGGCAAGCCAAAGAGCUCUUCCUCCUGAGGAAGACUGUUGAAGAAAUGGAGUUGAGGAUAGACACACAGAAACACACACUAACUGCCAGGGACGAGUCAAUCAAGAAGUUACUGGAAAUGUUGCAGAGUAAAGGCCUGUCAUCUCGGGCAACCGAGGAGGAUCAUGAGCGAACGAGGCGACUCGCCGAUGCUGAGAUGACCAUCCACCAAUUGGAGGGUCUGCUUGAGCAAAAAGACAAGGAGAUGCUACAACUCAGAGAGGAGCUGCACAGGAGAUACGAAGCAGCUCCAGAAUCAACAAAGACCAAGGCCCUGCAGACAGUCAUCGAAAUGAAGGAUGCAAAAAUCAGCUCGUUGGAGCGUGGCAUGAGAGAGCUGGAAGAGGAGGUGAUGAUGCUGAAAUCCAAUGGCGCUCUGAGCAGUGAAGAGAGGGAGGAGGAGAUCAAACAGAUGGAGGUCUACAGAUCCCACUCCAAGUUCAUGAAGAACAAGGUUGAGCAGCUGAAGGAAGAGCUAACUCACAGCGAGUCAGAGAAGGAGGAAUUAAGGCAACGAGCCAAUGAGCUUCAGCAGGAGGUGUCGGCAAUGGAACAGGCCAAGCAAGAGCUGAGCCGUAAGGACAGCGAGCUGCUGGCUCUCAGGACCAAACUGGACACUCUGAACAAUCAGUUUUCUGACAGCAAACAACAUGUGGAUGUACUCAAAGAGUCACUAACCGCCAAGGAACAGAGAGCUGCCAUACUACAGACUGAGGUGGAUGCCUUGCGUCUCCGACUGGAGGAAAAGGAGUCGCUCCUCUCUAAAAAGAGUCAGCAGAUCUCAGAGCUGACGGAGGAGAAAAGCACUCAGCAAGGAGAGAUCACUGACCUCAAAGACAUGAUGGACGUCAAGGAACGCAAAGUUAAUGUUCUACAGAAGAAGAUAGAGAACCUCCAGGAUCAACUGAGGGAUAAAGAAAAACAGCUGAGUGGCUUGAAAGACAGAGUCAAGUCUCUGCAGACAGACACCUCAAACACAGACACUGCACUGGGAACGCUGGAGGAGGCUCUGGCUGAGAAGGAGCGAAUCAUCGAGCGGUUGAAGGAGCAGCGGGAAAGGGAGGAGCGGGAAAAGGGGGAGGAAGUGGAGACCAUCAAGAAGGAGCUGAAAGAGCUGAGGGAGAAAGUCUCCCAGCUGCAGGCUGAACUGGCUGACCGUGAGACAUCAGUGUUGGAUCUCAAGGAGAAGGCUUCCUCUUUGGCCUCCUCGACUCUCAAGAAGGACAACAGGCUGAAAAGUUUGGAAAUAAACCUGGAGCAGAAGAAAGAGGAGUGCAUCAAGCUGGAGAACCAACUAAAGAAGGCUCAGAGUGCAGCGGCAGAGUCUCAGGCCAACGCUGAACUCUCUGAGCGGAUCUCCAGCCUUGAGCAGGAAGUGACCCGGUGCAAAGAGGAGGCUGGGAAGGCCCAAUCUGAGGUGGAACGACUUCUCGAGAUCCUCAGGGAGAUGGAGAAUGAAAAGAAUGACAAGGAGAAAAAGAUUCAUGAACUAGAGAGAAAUCCUGCUGCCUCUCAUCUGUGGCGUUCUCAGCAGUCGCGAAAACAGGCCCCUGCCCCGGCUGCCUCUCAGCAGCCAAUGGGGGGGCUAGUAUGGGACUACCUGGGCACUCUUGCCUCAAGACAGAUGAAGGACCAAUCAAAGAAGGUGGCCAACCUGAAGCACAAGGAGCAGCUGGAAAAGAGCAGGAAUGCCCAGAUGAUGGAAGAGGCCAAGAAGAGAGAGGACAAUCUGAACGAAAGCUCGCUGCAGAUAAAGGACUCUCUCCGUCAGAAGGAGGAGCGCAUUGAGGAGCUGGAGGAAGCGCUGAGAGAAAGCGUUCAGAUCACAGCCGAGAGGGAGGUGGUGCUCGCCCAGGAGGAGCAGGCACGCACACAGGCCGAGAAGCAACUCUCUCACAUUCCAAUGCAUGAGUUCAUCACAAGCGGAUUUAGGUGGUCAAAGGUGGAGGACCUGCUGGUUGCUAUGGAGAAGGUGAAACAGGAACUGGAGGUGAUGAAAGCCAAGCUGUCAUCAACUCAACUCUCACUGGCUGAGAAGGAAGGUCACCUGACUUCGCUGCGGGCCGAGAGGCGGAAGCACCUGGAAGAGGUCCUGGAGAUGAAGCAAGAGGCACUCCUGGCAGCGAUAAGUGAGAAAGACGCCAAUAUCGCCCUGCUGGAGCUCUCCUCGUCCAAGAAGAAGAAAACCCAGGAAGAGGUCGCAGCUCUGAAGAGGGAGAAGGAUAGUCUGGUUCAACAGCUCAAACAGCAGACGCAGAACAGGAUGAAGCUGAUGGCGGACAACUAUGAGGAUGAUCAUUUGAAGGUUUCAUCCCCAAACUCAGAGCAGCCCAACAAUCACAAACCCUCCCCAGACCAGAUUCUUUCUCCUCUCCUGGAUCUUAAUCAGAAUCGCAGUAAGCUGAAGCUGUACAUCAGUCACCUGACCUCACUGUGUCAGGAGCGAGACCCAAUCAUAUUGCAAGAUUUUGCCCCGCCCCCCGCCUAUCACCGCUCUGACUCCGCUUCCUGGCAUACGCAGCUGCACAGCAUGACGCAGGAACAGUUGGAGGCGGAGUUAGCACUGUGCGAGAGGGAGGGGGCGGAGCUCCAGGAGUACGCCAAUCAAGUCCUGCAGCAGAUCGCCGACCGAUGCCCUGACAUUUUAGAGCAAGUUGUCAACGCCUUGGAGGACAGCUGCUGACACACUAAUGCACACACUGGCAGAAAAUGAUUUUUUUUUAAAAAAAAAGCUUACAUUCAAACAUUUAGUCGUAUUUAAAGUCAGAAGGCAAACAUUUAACACAGCUUGGCCCCAUAAUUCCCCGAUGCACAAAUAAAAUUAGUGCUGCACAUGAAUAGGAAUACGUUCCCAGCCUUCAAAGAAAAGGGGAACUAAGACAAAAAAUCAAAUUAUUACUGAAAACUGGGCUUUAGUUGCUUUAAUUUUCUGUUUAGAGCACUAUAUCAGCAUGCAAGUCAGCUAGAAAUAAUUGAUAAUCUACAUUUAUUUACAUUACUACCCCAACACAGAAAGAGCCCUUACUGCACUGGCCAUACGCGACACCUUAUAGUGAGCUUCCCAUGUCCUGGGAUUCAACGGGAGGAUUUGUAUUCGUGACUUGGGGCAAAAAGUCUUUUCAAACCUUAACAAAAAGUUGAACAUAAGCUGAGCUUGCCAGGUUCUUACACGCUGUUGCCACAUUAUUGUAUUAGUUCAGAUUCAAAAAUAUGUUUAUUUCAACUGCCUUUGGCUCUUUACAUCAUUUGCUGCUAUCUUUGUAAUUUUUAGGUUCCUUUUUUUUCCACUUUCUUUGUUUUUGUCUGAUGAAAUGUCCUAACAUGCAGUUUCUUUCAGCAGUAUUCUCUAGAUAGUUGUGUAAAUUGUAAAGGGAGCGGUUUAAUUAACACAUACACAACUUUCGUCAGGGGUAACAUGACACUUUAAUCUAUUGUUUCCCAUUAUUGAUGAAAGGUACAAACUACAGUAAAUAACUCGCAAAACUCCCUUUAUGAAGACACACUGGCAUGGAUGGUCUGACUUUCUGUUUCACCACAGAAAAUCACACGUCUCCUUCAUUUAUGGCGCCCAUGCCAAAAUUAGGUUCAGAUAAGAAAACCCCUUUUAUGACAAUCCCUUUAGCGUUAACAUGAGGUGUCAAGUCUGAACUUUACUCAUUUACCUUUAGUGAAACGUCUUUUUUUCUUUGUUUUGGGAGGGGAGAAAAUAUAAAGUAAAUGUUAUAUAUAUUUUUUUGCUUUUGGUAAUAUAUAUUAAACACUAAUCUUGUUUAACUGAAAGUGUCGUCAUCUGUUGGUUGGUAUGCUAGCAUAUGGUAAUGCGUCAAAGUCUUUUCGUUUUUUUUCCCCUUGGACACUGUUAUUGGGAACGUGUAUUGCACCUACAGAAGGCUUUGUGUCCACCGGGAAUGUUUUCUCAGACUCAGUUUCUUGUUCUUGUUGUCUACAGUGGAAAUGACACUGCAUGUCUCCCACAGCGCUGACAGCCUUAGCAUGAUUUAAACUUUUACGGCAGUGAGCACUAGAGGUUCAAAUUGUUUCAGCUUGAAGCAAAAUUUCCUUCCCCCCCCCCCCAUCCCUUAUACUGUAUUGAGUGAUGAGGCCAUGACGGGAACUGUUUAGCGCUGCUUCCUGGUAAGAAACACCUGGUGGACACAAAAUCUAAAGACACAGAUUCACAUUACGCUCUCCAAUCUGACUGGGGACGCUCAUGAGAAAAAAGGAAAAAACAGCUUUUGUUUGUUGGCACCUGAGCAGCGUUUUAAAAAGCUUAAAGUCACAGGGGUGCAAACGAGAAGCUUCAUUUCAAAGAUACCUGAAAUCUCACACUGCUUUGGGUUGAAGGUUCCUCAGAUGUCUUUUUUUUUGUGGUUGUGUUUUAAGAGGGGACCCCAGCAGAUCUGAGUGUGUUGUAAGUUCAGUAUUUGUUGUCUGUUUUAUACUGAUAAUGUUUGUCACUGGGGGUGAUGAUGACUGGGACUCACUUUAAAUUUCUUGUGGAUUAAAAAUCAGAAUGAGAGAGAAUGUAAUAAAAUAUGGAUUUAUCUUUA